UUGAUAAAUAAUGGAUUCCCUUCGACUACACACGCUAUUUCCAUCGCCGCAUGAAACCAAUCAAUAUCUUGUCGCAGACAUACAUAUAUUAGCGUUUUUGCAUAUUGUGAAUUCGUCAUACGUCAGACAUGGUUCAUAUUUAAGAACCCAACCCCCCGAGGGGGUCCACCUUUGGGAAUAAGAGGGGGAAGGAGGGUUGGUCUUUCCGGGUCUCAUUUUACCCCUCUUUCCCAGUCCAAAACGGUAAAGACGACUCGUCGUAAGUACGUAUGUAUCUAUUACAUAAAAGCACAUCACAUAAAUACUUAUCCACCACCAUUGACCAAACUGACUUCACUUGACUCUUGGUAUAAAAAACUGGGUUUUGUGUCUCAUGUUCUCUCAUCAUUCCAUUCCAUUCUACAUGCAUGGAGCCAGCACGGAUUGUCUGGAUUCUAGCUAGACUUGUUUAGCUAGAGCCAGAGGAAGCAACUCUUUUCAUUGCUUUUCAUAUGUAGUAGUGUGCACAUUUAUUAACAUCUUUCAUGUGUUAAUAAUAACCAUAGUUAAAAUUAGAGGGGAAAAGAAUAACCACACACGCACGUAACAAGUAGAUACGUGGGUCAGUCGGUGGGAGAGUGAGUGGAAUAUUUUUUUUUACCAAGGCGUCCCAAUGGAGAAGUAAGGAUUUACAGCAACAGCAGUAGUUUUUGUAGUUCUGCAUGGUUUCUUAAAUCAAAACGAGUCCCGGUGGCCGCUCGUGGUCAAUAAUUUCCGGAAUCAAAAUUAUCAGUAGGAUUGGAAUGGAAUGAGAUAGUAACGAAAAUACAGUUAAAUCGGACCAUGUGAAAUGAUAGAAUUACAUAUUGAGACGACAAGACUAACAAUCUUGGAUGACCCGAUUCUUCAGUCAUCACCUUCAUCACCCGACGCAGACGAAGAAAUGGAGAGCUGGAGAAAAAGAAUAUCAUCCCAAGGCAAGCUUGUCGAUAUAGGAAAUCUACUCCACGACAUUUGGCUUCACCACACGAGAAUCUUUCCACUCGUGAUUGUCAUCGUCAUCUCGACCUUUGCCCUCUUCGAUCUUUACCUAUGCUACUUUGUCACUUCCGUCCUGGACGGGUCGACCCUUCCCCUUUCCCUCAACUCGUCGGACCACCCCUGCUACAGCUCCCCCUUCUGCACCAUCAAUGUCAAGAACCUCAUGUUGGACCCACCCGAUUUUUACGUGCACAACACCCUCUCCUCCCUCUUUGUUCUAUGGGCGGAUUUGGGAAAUUCGUACCUCUUCAUUACACCCAAUAUGAUCUCUUUCUUCCAUGUCUUUGUGGCACUGAUGGCGAGCAGGCUGAUAUCAAAUGACUCCCUCUGCGUGAGAAGGAUUGGGGUGUUGCUCUUUCAAUUUCGAAACUUUCUGGACGCUGUGGAUGGCGUUAUUGCCAGAGAGCGGAGAAAAACGGUAGCUCUAGCGUCGGCAAAUCUGAUGAUUAUGAAUCAAACCUACUCCUCAAUUGGUGGAACAGACAAUAACAUUUACUACCCUCCUCCUGAUGGGAUUUCGAUGGAUCAAGUCAAGGAGUACAAGUCGUCAGAGAGUUUGGGAUACUGGGUGGACGGAAUUUGCGACGGUGUGGGUGGAAUAUUUUUAUACCUCGCGUGUUACUUUUAUCUCCAGAGGCACCCUGUCCGUAGACGUAGCUUAUUCUCCUAUACGGCCAUUCCCCUCAUUGUGUCGCCAAGGAAUGGUGCCGUGUCGUCAACCCAUGUCUCCAAGAAGAAAAGACAAAAGAGACAAAAGAAAUUAUCAGCUAGCUACUUAUCCCGACAAAUCAUUCGAUCCGUCCAUCGGUACGGAUUUUUAUCAAUUAAUUACGGAUUUCAAGCCUUGCUUGGCUCCAUCGCUUGGAAUCGGUUCAUCCCCAACUACACGAAGCUCUUGGAGACAAAUGCAUCCAACUUUUCUUCUCAUGAGACCCAAAUGAAAGGCAACCUCGUCACGUCGCCCAUCAUGUGGAUGGUAAUACUGGCUUGGAGAUAUGUGAAUCCUCACACGUGGGUGGAAAUCCUCCUCAUUGCCAUAUUCUUUGACAGGACUGGAGAAUUUUUGUAUGCAUUUAGAAUUCGAGGAUUUCUUGUGGUAAUUGCAAUAUCGAUGCUCACAGAGGCACACCUACGAUAUGCUCGAUCUCUGUUUUAGCUCUUCUAUGUUGUAUUCAAGCAGGCCAAAAUUUGACAAAUGUAAAACUAUUGAACUUAAUAUGUUUUAGACAAAAAAAACAUACGUCAACUCAAACUGUACUACUCGACCUGUCUGACUCAGUAAUUAAUUAUUGUAUAGCCGGGAGACACAAUGUUCAUUAACAUAACAUCACAUAUUGUUGUACUGUACUUGUUUCUACUCUAUUUAUUGGAUAAUCAAAAUAUGUGAUGAUGAUCUGCUUUAGAUCUGUCUAAUCUGUCCCGUGAUAUGUUUAUAUAACUCAAAUGACUAUAUUAUUACACAAAUGACAUAUAUAGCAUGUUACUAUAAUUGUUAUUUACUUACUCUAUAUAUGUAUAUCAUUUAUGACUUUAAAUUCCUUCCAGGCUAAAAGUACUGCCUGCAAAGUAUUUUACUAUAGCUCCCUCCUAUCAGUUAAAAUUUAUAAAUAACGUGUGAAAAACAGUGAUAAUCAAGGGAAUUCCAAUCAUUUUAGCAGUGAAGAUAAUCAAACGACGUGAUCGCAAUAAGCAACGAAAUUCUUCUUUGAUUUGGUGUAAUUAUACUCUUCUUGAUGCUUUUUACAAAUUCCAUUAUAUAUUUAUGAAUGUAAUUAUGAAUAAAAAUAGGUUAUGAUAUUGA